CUAGAGUGAUGUAGAAUUGACCGUUGAGUAUUUCGAUCAACAUUAAGUACUCGAGAGCAUUAUACAUUAGGACGAGCUGAGAAAGAAAACAUAAAAUCCAUCAUCGUAUCUUCGUGCUGUCAUGCGUUCUCCAAGAGACAAACUAUGCGUGUUUUCCCUUGCUGUAGCCCUUCUCCUCACCCCCCUACUCCCCAGGCACCUACAGCACCAGAAUCUCCCCCACAGGCGGCUCCACCGGAUGGGCAGGCUCGUCCACCGGAUGGGCAGGCUCCUCCACCUCCGGAGCCUCCUCCGGAUGGGCAGGCUCCUCCACAUGCACAGGCUCAACCUCCGCAGGCUCCUCCACAUGCGCAGGCUCGUCAACCACAGGGACCACGUCGGCCAAUUUAGCCGCCUUUGCCUUUGCCUUCUCCUCCUCCUCCUUCAGCUUAGCUUCCUCCUUCGCCUUCCUUUCCUCCUCCUGAAUCCUCUUCUUAUCGGCGUUGUCACCCUUCUUGCGUCUCUCCAACGAGCGCGCCUGAAUGGGGGUGGCAUCGUUAAAAGCGACGGCGCUGCGUUCGUACAUAGCGAGCUUGCCAUCGGCAGCCGCAAUGGGAGCCGCAAAGACAGUGACACCGGAGAGCGCAAAGGCGACGAGGGUGUAGAAAGAAAUUCUCAUGAUUGCGGUUUAGAUUGAAGUUUGUUAAGAAGUUCUGUUCGUAAGGGCGUGAUAGCGUGGGAGUGGAUCCGGAAGUGGAGGUUGAAUAAGGAUGAGAAAAGAGGAUGGGAAUGGGGAUGCGAAUAGUGGUUGGAAUCGAGCUGCUCUUAUACAAAGCAGCCGUGACUACGAAAGCCAGUAUGUGCUAUAGAUAGGUGGGAAGUCGGACCUCCG